AGCGGUUAAUAUCCAUCCAACUCCCACUAAGCCAUAAUGCCCAAUUUGCGUCCUAUAAACAACGAGCUCCGUCGCAUUGCCGCAGCAGAGCUGAACGAGGUGGAGGAGCGAGUGGCCGCCGAUUUGGAGGCUCUGCGGGAUUGGCUGGCCAAGCAGCCUUAUCUGAAGGCACGGCAGGAUGCCCAGUUUCUGAUAGGGUUUCUGCGAGGCUGCAAAUUCAGCCUGGAGAAGGCCAAGUCCAAGUUGGAUCACUUUUAUACCAUCAAGACGCUGAUGCCGGAGCUCUUUGGCAACCGAGUGGUGGAUGACAAAAACUUGGCCAUAUUGCAAACGGGCACCUAUCUACGACUGCCCAAGCCUUGGGGACCCGGAGGCCCUCGUAUUCAGAUUACAAACUAUGAUAGGUUUGAUCCCAAGCAGUUCAAGUUAGUGGACUUCUUCCGCUACUGGACUAUGACUUUGGAACAGGCCAUCAGCGAGGACGACAACAGCAAUAUAAGCGGGUAUAUUGAGAUCAAUGACAUGGCCAAAGUGAGCUUCAGCUUCCUGGCUCAAGUCGACUUGAAACUUCUCAAAAGGGUGGGUGUUUUCCUUGACAAGGCACAACCCUCCCGCUUAAAGGGCGUCUACCUGAUUAACUGUCCCAAGGAAGGAAUGGCUUUAAUGAGUCUGGCUAAGAGCCUCAUGCCCAGCAAGCUCCAGCAAAGGUUUUACUUUUUCAAGAACCUGGAGGAAUUUAGUAAGGUGAUACCACUGGAAUAUCUGCCAAAGGAGUACGGAGGCAGCAAUGGUUGUAUUUCGGAUAUCCUGGCGGAGGCUGAAAAACAAUUUCUAAGCUACAAGGAAUAUUUUGCCGAAGACUCACAGUACGGAGUGAAUGAGCAACUGCGGCCGGGACAACGUGUGGACGCAGACUCCAUUUUCGGGAUUGAGGGCUCGUUCCGCAAGCUGGACAUUGAUUAGGAGGUUCAAAUUCAGUUUUAUAAUUAAAGAAAACAGUCUCAAUUAAAUGCCCGAAA